AUGAAGACCAAUAUGCUCCCAUUACUCGUCUCUCUAGCAUUCGCCGACAUUUCUGAAUGCUUCUCGACCAUUCACGCACAGCUGACACCUGGUGCGCCCCCGGGAGCAGUUCCAAUUGGAAAGGACUUUACGUCGUUUUCAAUUGAAUACAGUCAUUUUCCAUGGUUCGCAGGGAAUCGAUCUCAGCCCAACCAAUUCUCGAUAAAUCUCUUGUUGAACCUGGGUCGUAUGACAGGGUUGAUGCCCGUGAUUCGUGUGGGUGGAAAUACCCAAGAUGAUAUCCACUACAAUGCGUCCCUCACCGUCCCCGAGUAUAUCCCCGGUGCAGUAAUUGAUGACCAUCGGCCGCCCAUCUACGUGGGCCCUUCGUUCUUCUCCUCUUUCGGCACCUUCCCCAACACUCUGUACAUUCCUGGUAUAAAUCUCGCCAUGAACGGCUCCGCCGGGACGGCCACACGCAAAAUCGAGACAGAACUGACCUGCAAGGCUCUCGGCAGCAGUCUGUUCAUGUUCGAGGUCGGGAACGAGCCGGAUCAUUACAUGAACUAUUUCCGGAGACCCUCGAACUGGACUGUGGACGAAUAUGUGGAGGAAUGGCUGACAGGCAGCCAACUCGUCGCAGAUGUGAUGGCCAGUGCCUGCCCACACCUAGUGAAGCAAUCGAGUGGCUUCUUUGCCCCGAGCUUUGGCGGAACUGACCUUGGGAAACCUUUUUCAGCUCAGACGGCAUUCGAAGGUGGCCAGGACUCGCGCCAUGAUAUCAGACAGAUCUCGGUACACAACUACAUGGGAUCGGCCACCAAUCCCGGUAUCAGUCUGCAGGGGACGCUGAUGAAUCACAGCUCCAUCAUGCGGAGCCUCGCAGCUCAUGUCACUCUCGCAGCGGAGUUGCGCAACUUUACCACCGUCCCAUAUGUCCUUGGCGAGACCAACAGUCUGAGCGGCGGCGGCGCUACCGGGCUCAGUAACGUCUUCGGAUCGGCCCUCUGGGUCGUGGACUACUCCCUAUACGCAGCCUCUCAGGGCAUCCUUCGGGCCCAUUUCCAUCAGUCCGUCACGUCCCCGUAUGCUGCAUGGACGCCCAACGGAACUCUCACGACUAAUCCACCAUAUUACGGCAACAUCAUGGUCAAUGCAGCCAUCGGAUCUGCGCCUGGCACCGUCAUUGCCCCGCUCGAACUGCAGACCAUCAAUGACGACCGUGUCUCAGCCUAUGUCUUGUACGACCACGGUGGAAAGACACUGCCACGUGUAGUCAUCCUCAAUAUGCGUGAGUGGAUUUCUACCGCUGUCGGUACACGACCCGCGUUGAACGUGACUCUGGCUGUGCCGGCGGGUGCGAAUGGCGCCCGGGUAGAGCGCCUGGCUGCUGCGGGGGCGAACGUUACAACAGGGAUCACGUAUGCAGGCACAAGCUACGACUAUGAUCUCGCGCAGGGCCAGCCGACUGUUGUGGAUGAAGCAGCGAGUCGGGAAACGGUCUUGGUGGACAGCAGUGCGAAGACAAUCAGUGUAGACAUCCCGGAUUCGCAAGGGGUAGUUCUGCAUUUAUUUUAG